AUGGUGACCACUCGGUCAAAGGGUAAAGCGGAAGGCGAAGAGAUUGCAGCGGGCGAUGGAGAGAAAACAGGUACCAAAAGAUCCCGCGAUGAGGCUCCCAGGGUGAAAUCCAACGGCCCGAAGACAAAACAACAAAAGAAGGAUCAAGGUGGGAAAGCGGACGAAGCUACCUCCAAGGACGUCGGCGACGACGGUGGGAAAGAUCACAAAAAGUCAACCCCAAGGUCGAAGGGAGACCAAAAGAAGCACGCCCGGCCACAUGGCCAGAAAAUCGACAAGCUUCUCCAGCAUUUCGGCAGCCUUCCUCUCUCCGAUACCGACCUGGAACAGCCGAACAAGGCAACUCCCGAAACCAUAUUGGCACUGCUCUUGAAUGCGAUUUUAUCUUCCACUCGAGUGUCGCAUAGCAUUGCGGCGAAAACCACUGCUCUUGUCAUCAAGGCUGGGUAUCACAAGCUUGAUGUCUUGAAGAAAAGUACCUGGGAGGAGAGGACUGAGGUGCUCACGGAGGGAGGCUACACCCAUUAUCGGGAAAAGACAGCAACUUUUAUGGGACAGCUGGCGGAGCUGAUUGAGGAGAAAUACGAGGGUGAUCUCAACAAUGUCUUGAAAACCGCAUCCCAAGACCGAAGCAAUAUCCGAGCAGAGCUCCAGAAGAUCAAGGGCAUCGGAGAUGUCGGGAUCGACAUCUUCUUCACCACUGCACAGCAUGUGUGGACUUGUCUCGCUCCGUGGAUCGACCCGAGGAGUCUGAAGACCGCCGAGCACAUUGGCCUCGGCAACGAUGUGCAGGCCCUGUGGGAGGAGGUAGACCACAAGCCCGAGUUGAUGUGUCGGUUGGCAUGCGCUCUGAUGGACGUGAGGCUGGAAAAGAAGGAAUCGGAGUGGGCGUGA